AUGGGUUGGCUACCGUCAAUAUUUGGAGGGGGGGCCUCCAGCGACCCCAUUAGCAACCUGGAUCCCAAGCUCCGCGAGUUUCUUGACAAGGAAUCCCCAGUCAAGUACAGCAAGCCGAAAGCCCAGCCCUCAGUGCCAUCCUCCACGACAGCUCCAGAGGCGCAAGCCAGCGCCGCGCCGGCGACUGACAGCGCAAAGCAAGCCGUGCCCUCGGAAAGCUUGUACCAAGAUGGCCGCUACGCGCAUCUGUGGAAAAAUUACCGGCCGCUGGCGCAAAUCGAGGACGAGACGACGACGGAGCAGGAGAAGCUCGUGAAGAUUCUGGAUGGAUACAAGGAGCGCAAGCAGGCGAUUGGCAUCGCGGCCCUGGAAAACUGCGCCGUUCAGCAAGAGGAGUGGAUCAACUGCAUGAAGAACGGCAGCUGGUCCGACCAACUACAAAUGUGCCGCCACCAAGUGCAACGCUUUGAGCGCUGCUACACCAUGCAGUCGAGAUUUCUGCGCGCGCUCGGAUACGGCUCGGUAAUUGACCGCCCCCCGCAGGUCGAGGAGGACAUCCAGAUGCACGCCGAUAAGCUAUUCAACCGCAUGUUGGACCACGAACGGGCUGUCGCCGAGGCCAAGAAGGAGGGCCGGCCGGUACCAGUAUUCGAGUCCGUCGUGCCCCGGCCGUCGCGGCAGACGCCCGCGCCCGCCGAGGAGGUCGAGAAGACGUGGCGCGACACCCUGGCCAAGCUACCCGAGGACGAGCGCGAGGCGGAGGAGGCAGCGCUGCGCGCCGACUACCAGACAAAGGAGGAUGUGGCCAGACAUAUCAAGGGGAUCAUGGACGCGAAGAAAAGGGAGAGAGAGGGGCGCCAGGCCGCAGGGGAGGGGACCCUGACUGACACGCUGUCGGCGAUCUGGUCUGGCGGGAAGAGCAGCAAGUAG